GCGUAGUGACGUCUGCCAACAGUCUCUGACGUGCUCCAUAAUGGCGGUGUCCUUGUUACAAUGGGGACCGUUUUUGAUCACUUGUUAGCCAAUUUAUUUUGAAUAACUGCCGAUUACUCAUACAGCUGUCUGUUUUUGGGUGAUUUACUCCGACGGCUACAUGUUAAAGUCCAGUGCAGCAGGUCCAUCCACCGUUGCCUCUCCUCAGUCAGUGAAGGAAUCCAAGGAGAACUUUUCAAUGACCGGCCAAGUAAUUCUAGACCACAUCAAGCCAUGCUGGUACUGGGACAAGAAGGAUUUAGCCCACACCCCUUCUCAGUCUGAAGGCCUGGACCCUGGCACAGAGGCCCGGUAUCGGAGAGAAGGAGCCCGCUUCAUUUUUGACGUGGGGACCAGACUUGGCCUACACUAUGACACACUGGCAACUGGCAUCAUAUAUUUCCAUCGCUUCUACAUGUUUCACUCCUUCAAGCAGUUCCCCAGAUAUGUGACAGGUGCUUGCUGUCUUUUCCUGGCGGGGAAAGUGGAGGAAACCCCAAAGAAGUGUAAAGACAUCAUCAAAACAGCCCGCAGCUUACUGAAUGAUGUGCAGUUUGCACAGUUUGGAGAUGAUCCAAAGGAAGAGGUGAUGGUGUUGGAGAGAAUUUUGCUCCAGACUAUCAAAUUUGACCUGCAGGUGGAGCACCCUUACAUGUUCCUGCUGCGCUACGUCAAGCAACUCAAAGGUGAGAAGAAUAAAGUAUGCAAGGUGCUACAGAUGGCAUGGACCUUUGUCAAUGACAGCCUGUGCACCAUGCUGUCUCUGCAGUGGGAACCAGAGAUUAUUGCGGUAGCCGUGAUGUACCUGGCCGGCCGCCUCUGUAAGUUUGACAUCCAGGAGUGGACCGCCAAGCAGUCGUCACGCCGCUGGUGGGAGCAGUUUGUCCAGGAUGUCCCAGUUGAGCUGCUUGAAGACAUUUGCCACCAGAUCCUGGACCUGUACUCCCAGGGAAACAAGCCCAUCCCUCAGCAGAUGCAGGAGAAGGAGCGUGCACCUGUUCUUCAGGCCCCCGCUCCUCCAGUCCCACAGGGACAACCACCAACCGCCAACCCUCCUCCCCCACCACCAAAGAAGACUUCUCCUCAGGGAGGCAGCCCUGCACGCCAGCUCAAACGUUCACAUACAUCCCCAAAAGAUGAACCAAAGGCUCCAGAACAAGCUGGAUCAAAGAUUCCUAGACUGGAGAGCCCCAUGCCCCCUCUGCCUACAUCGCAGCCUCCCCCAGACCGCAAAGCCCCCGCUCCAGCCCCUCCCACGGAAGCAGAACCAGCAAGUGAAACAGCUCCUCCUCUCCCGCACGCUCCACCUCCACAUCAGCCGCCUCCCCUACCCCAUCGGCCUCCUCCACCUCCGCCCUCCAACUACAUCAUGUCCACCACCAGCUCCUACAUGUCCGGAGAAGGCUUCCAGAGCCUGCAGUCGAUGAUGAAGACAGAAGGGCCCUCCUACGCCCCCAUGCCACCCAGCUACGCACCCCCAAUACCGCCAUAUCAUACCCACGUCUAUCCACCGCCUGCAGCACCACCUCCAGGCCCUCCGCCUCCUCCUUCCAGCUACCCGCCACCCAACUUGCCGCCAACGUAUCCGCCACCGGGUUACAACAGCUAUCCUCCACCACCACCUCCACGCAUGCCGCCGGGCCACGUACCACCUCCAGGUAUAGGUCUCCCGCCUGCUGGGUACCCUCCUCCACCCCCCGUGCCCCCAGGACAGUCACAGGUGCCCUUGCCCCCUCCACCUGGCAUGCCCCUGAACCGUGGUGGGUGGAUGAGAUGAGUGUGACAACAGUUUAUGAACUGAAUCUGUGCAGAGCCACAGCUGGAGAGGGAGAACAACCAGGAACUUGUGUUAUUCUGGUACAAACAGGGAGAGUUUGUUCACCUCAAGUAUGACUUUUGUUGAUGAGGUUCUUAAUGAAGGCUUAACAACAAAUAGACUUUAUAGGAAAAGUGUGGUCUGGACAGUAUUUUUAUGAGAACCUGAACUGGCACUGAAAGACUGCAGUGAGAGUCCUGAAAUAAGUGGCUUAAACAUGUACAGGAUGGUACUUAAUGUGCAUAGUUCCAGGAUUUUGUAACAAACACUUUCCACUCAUUGUUAUUAUUCUGGAAAUGUACCAGGAAAUAUUAGUGCCCUGAAUUUAGUUGUUGUCACACAUGCUCAUUCAGUAAUUAUAGGUGGGUGAAAUGUACAAUUUUUACUUUACCUUUUAAUGAGAUCAAAGGUUAAGUCUUAUAUUAGCUUCUAUAUUAUAACCAACCUGAUUAUGUUUUGGUUUUCAUGAAUUUCCAGUCCUUUCCCCUGCAAUCUGUUUUUUUCCACAUAUCCCACUGUUUUGCUGAGAAAAACAGUGUAAUAAAAUCUUGAUGGUUGAACAUGCAGUAGUCAAAUAUAAAAAGGAUUGUUGGACAUGUUUAUGAAUAUACAGUUUGUUAAAACGGGAUGUAUAUCCUUUUUGUGAUAUGUUACUUUCCAUUCUGUGAAAACACUGAGAUCAUGUUACAAGAUGUUAACGCUACCAUUAGAUGCUGUCAGUUUUUUCAUUUUCAGUUAUUUCCUGUCCCGUUAUUUUUAGUGAGUCUGCCCUGCAGAUAGUAUUACAUGAACUACAGUACAUAAACCCUGUUAUCAAACCAACCAUGUCUAACACUGGACAGUAUAUUUCAGUACAAGGUAUAUUUGUACAUUUCUGAUCUUUUCAUUUAGGCUUAUUUUUUUUUAGAGUUUCUAUCCGUACGUGCCUUAGUCAGGCUUCUCUUUUCUGUAUCCUGCACGCAGCUUUGGUUUGGUGUGUGGCACUUAGGACAAUAAAGACCUGCUUUUCCUACUUUGAA